AUGUCCGCUCCGGAACAAGCCGCAUUCACCUUCUUGCCGCUCGGCGCCAUCAUCCAGGAAUUCCGCGUCGGUGGCCAGAAUAUCGUGCUGGGAUUCCCCACACAAGAGGACUAUGUCAAGCACAAUGCCGCGUACUACGGCGCAACCAUCGGUCGUGUGGCCAAUCGAAUUAAGAACGGUGUGAUUCAGGAUCUCAAUGGCAAGAAGGUUCAAUUGGCCAAGAACAAUGGUCCCAAUUCACUACACGGUGGCCCAACCGGUUGGGGCAAGCGUGUCUUCGACGGUCCUCGGACGGUACAACGCCAUGGACAGGACGCUUUGUUCUUCAAGUAUCUCAGCCCGCACGGGGAGGAGGAAUUCCCCGGUACGGUUGAGGUGCGCGUCUGGUACACCGCCAGCAAGGAGGGAGAGGCGACCACCGUCUUGACGGUUGAGUAUGAGGUGGAAUUUGUCGGUGACGAGGUGGACGAGACGGUUGUCAACAUUACGAAUCACAGCUACUUCAACAUCGGCGAUGGUCCCACCAUCACCGGCACCACUGCCAAACUGGCUACGGCAGACUACCUCCCCGUCGACCAGACCGGCAUUCCCAAGGGUGGCAUUAGCAAGUUCCCCCGCGACGUGACUGAACCGUUUGUCCUCGCCGCCACGGGCCCCCAUAUUGACGAUUGCUUCGUCGUUGAAACCGACCCCUCCAAGGUGCCCCUCGACACGCGUAAUCUCCCCCUGCGCCGUCUGGCAGAGUUCAGCCACCGCAGCACCGGUCUGCACCUGGAAGUGCACAGCACCGAGCCGGCCUUCCAGUUCUACACGGGUAAAUACAUUGACAUCCCCGCGAUUGGUGGGCGGCCCGCAGACACCGAGGGAGCCGGCUUCUGCGUCGAGCCCAGUCGGUAUGUGGAUGCGAUUAAUGAUCCCAAGUGGCGCGGCAUGGUGCUGUUGAAGAAGGGUCAGGUGUUUGGUUGUAAGAAUGUUUACAAGUCAUGGAAGGAGUAA